AUGUCUCUUUACCUUGCUCAAAUUUCGGAGAAACGAAGCAAAAACGAAGUAAUGAAAAAUUUUCAGGGUCGUCCAGGGUCGCCGCUGGUCGGACCCUUAGACUGCCCUGGUGGCACUAUUCCGGCGUUAAAGGCACUAUUCAUAGCGACCAAUAUAUGGAUACCGUCCUGCAUGAUGGGUCGGUCAAUUCUCUCUAACUCUGCUGGAUACCACGUUGUAACACGUUCGUUCCAGGGAACGUUGGGCGGCAUGAGGCAACGACGAUGGUACUACACAUUGUGGUCGAGGAUAAAGCACUUUGGCCGUCACAGACACCUUCCGGACGAUACCGUAUCGUCGCUUCACAACGAGCCUGAUAUCGACAGACUCUCUGAUGCGACGUUACUUCGAAUUUUCGUGUUUACCCAGUCCACGUACGCGUCACCACUACCAGAGAGGGCCAUAUCCCACGUCAACCGUCGCUGGAGGGAAAUCGUCUUGGAACACGCCGCUUUGUGGCGCCAGAUAGACGCCAAGGUCCUCAGUAGCUCCCUGCAGCAAGAUAUCAUAGAGGCGUACUUGUCCCGCGCACGGACGUUCACCGCCGAUUUGAGGGUCGUUCUCUCGGAAAAUGAGUGGAUUCGAACUCUAGAAAUCAUUGCCGAGCACUCGGCCCGAUGGCGUCUGGUAUCUAUUCGAGCCGACUUCAACUUUUCUCCCGAUCUCCUCAGUCAACAUAUAUCCCAGUUCCACCUCCCACAUCUAGAACACUUAUCUAUCAUCUGCUUAGACAGAUUUUGUGACCCACCGGACCUUGAUACCAUUGAUGGGGACACGAGUAUUCUACGCGGGAGCGCACCCAGGCUCACCAGUUUCCGCGUGCAGCACAGCGCCAUCACUUAUUUUCCUCCCCCCUUGCACGGUCUCACGACUCUCCACCUAGAAGAACUAGGGGGCCAUCGCAUCGACUACACCAGCUUUCGUCGUUUGAUUCUUUCCAUUUAUUCCUUGACCAACCUUUCAAUAUACGGCGACUUCAUCGACCAUUGGACUAUGACCGGAGAUCUCCGUAUCCCCGCCCUUCGCUCUCUGCGGUCUGGUAGCAACGCGUCUCUAGGCGCGAUGCUAUUAUCGCUGUCUGUGCCAGGGUUAGCCAGUCUAACAUUAUACAACGCAUGGGACUCUCAUAUCCAGGAAUUCAUUCGUCAACGUGAACCUGGUUACGAAACCACACUUCCUUGCGUUCAUUUAAUGCUCAAGGACUGCCAUUUUUCUUUGCCAUCCCUUCGAACACUGUUAGAAGAGGUACCGGCGAUAUAUCGGCUCGAUAUCAUUGAUGGCUUCGCCGACGAGGCCCUUGACCUACUGCAAAACGAUAAUGCCCUGCUCCCAUCACUCUGCGCAUUGUCCAUCAACAGACUUCGUGAUCCCACCAAACUAUCUACCUUCUACAACUCCCGCAAAGGCAAAGUGGCAUUCCGACUGCAUUUUGAUUUAGAUGCAGUCCCACCUCCUGAUGCUUCCAGUGUUCGUUGGGAUAGGCUCGAAAGCUGGCCUGCAGGCACAAAAUGUAUUGAUAGGGAUGACUUCAUGACAAGGUUGUCUGAUACUGGAGUCGCUUAUAGAUCACCGAGAUUGCUGUUGCCUCACACCUUCAUUAUCAACAACUACGACGACGAUAUACGCCUAGGAAUCAUUUGCGACACCUCCACCCUCGUAGAUCCAGGGCCAUGCGCCGUGAACGAUCUAUCGGACGCAUUACUCCUCAGCAUUUUUGAACUCACGAGCGACUCUUAUGGGCAAAGUUAUCCCUCUGUCGUGAGGAGAAUAUGCCACGUCAAUCAACGUUGGCGAAAGAUUGUGACCUCGUCCCCAAAACUAUGGCGGCACAUCGACGCUAUAGUGCCAAAUGUCUACAACCAGCUCGCAUUGAUCAACAUGCAUCUGAUCAAGGCGUACCCACUCACAGUCGACUUACGGCUGGCACUUCCCAACGUUGAAUCUGAAUGGGCCCUACUCCUCGAACCUCUCACAUACUCUUCCUCUCGCUGGCGGGUGCUUUCCAUCCACGUUGACAGUGAUUCCGACUGGGGACAGCACGCUCUCGUUCGACAUUUCCGCACAUCACAUUUCCCCAAUCUUGAACACUUCUCCGUCAUCCGUUACUCCGACGUUUCAUCAUGUAACUGUUUCGCGCAGCAACAUUUUGGGGGGAACAUUCUCUUAGAGGGCUCACCGAGGCUCUCGAGCGUACGUUUACAGCAUUCCUCGAUCCCUCAUCUCCUACCACCGCCGCAGUCCAUCAGCACGCUGCAUCUAGAGCAAUUCGGAGAAUAUCCCAUGGAAUAUGGGACCUUCCGACGGCUUAUAAUGGGAUUGCCGUCGUUGGCAAAUCUAUCAAUUUAUGGCAACUUCGUUGAUGGUUGGACCAAAGCGGGGGAUUUGGUCGUACCUGGCCUGCGAACAUUGAGAUUAAGUAACAACGAAGCGUUGAGCGCUCUGUUGCUAUCAAUCUACGCCCCAAACUUGGAGAGCUUAGAGUUUCACGCAGUAUGGGACUCUCAUCUUCGUGAUUUCCUUCAUGAGCGCGAGAAAGUAUACGAGACCAGUGUGCAUUAUUUGAUGCUGAAGGGCUGCCGACUGUCGACGGAUUCCCUCUCUGCGCUUUUCAAGGAUUUUUCUGGGACGGAGAGAGUUGAUAUCCUCGAUGGGUAUGCGGACGUUGUCAUGGAUCUGCUCAUGAGCGAUGAUGACCUGCUACCAUCUCUUCACACCGUCUCAGUUCACAAACUGGCAGAUGCUAGGAAACUCCUUGUGGCCCGCAGCGUGAUAUUUCGGCUGCACUAUGGUGUUGAUGUUACGCGGUUGCAUGCUGAGGUUGUGAGAUGGGAUCAGCUGGACCCGUGGUCUUUGCCCAUGGAAUUCUGCGACAGAGAUGACUUUAUGACGAGGAUCUCCGAACAUUGUCGUCGUGAAGAUGACCGGAAGCUUGUGAGGUUCGGGUUGAAAGGUUGA